GUAGCCUUUACACGCCCAAUAUUGGCCUUGGCUUAGCGUCUGUUCUUAAGGCAUGAGCUAAGCCUCUUUGUGUUAAUCCCGGAAGUAUCAAUCUGGAAUCUAUUUCUUUUGUUCAAACUACUGAAGAGGAAAAUGCGUAUAUUUGUUCACAUACGUGGUAAGAUCAUUGUCUUGCAAUGUGGCGACGGCACUCAAGCGAUUUCGUGGCUUGGAAAUGCGGCUAUGGUGCACUAUGACAGCAGCUUUGGUAAGCGGCACGGGGUGCCAGUCUCCAUCCGAAAAGAGGGUGGUGUUGCUUGCGACCCUGAGGCGCUCAUUUGUGAUGUAUUGGAUGACAAUCAACACGUCUUUGCGGAGUUAGAAGAUUCCGAGAUGUAA